AUGCAACUGACCAUUCUGUCGUGGUUGGUGUUACUGGCGUUGGUUCAUACCAGCUACUGCUCCGCUCUGUAUGCUUUCUUCACCGACCUCACCAUCCAAGUUGGCGCGCAAGACUCUGCUACGGGAAAGCUUCUCUACAGUACCUGCAAUAGCCAGGAUAUCCCAAUCUUCCCACUCGAAAAGCCGAAUAUCCUCGAUACGAGAGAAACACCGCGGAAUGGCACUGCGCUUACAGCCGUAGGCUGGGGAGAUGUGAAUUUUAUCACUUCGCAGGUCUUCUGGCAGACUGAAGAUAAUACGAUCGUGCAGGGGAAGUACAUCUGUAACAUGACGACAGGAAAGCUUGUGCGCGACCGCGAGUUUCAGAUCUCGGCUGCCGCUGGGGUCGACUCCAUCCACAACGAAACGGGCCUCUCAAUCGUCAACCUUGGAGAGAAAGAUGGAUAUCGUCUGUUCUACCACGACGAAUACAGGAGAGUGAAGAUGUUGUGGUAUACUGAUGAUGAUGGGUGGAAUGAUGGGGGUGCCAUCUCACAGGAUACUGCAGGAGGCAUGGCGUUAGGGUCAACGAUCUAUGACUUGAAGAACAUUACUGUGCCUUUCCCCAAGGACUCUGAGAAUGUUGGCUACGCGUUUCCGAACACGUUACUCGGACCCUACACCAACAAUACAUUGCCCUCGGAUAUGUAUUGGACCUUCGAAGACGAAGCUGAUUUCUCUCUUCCCGCCUGGAACGCUUCCCUCGAAGCCAUCGGCGCGGCGGUGGACCGAUCGCGAACACGAAGUGUCUUCUAUAUCGGCAGCGAUAAGAAGAUACAUGAAGUCAAAGCGACGAAGAAUGGUUGGCAGCUUGGCUCAAACCAGACAGAGCGCACAUGGCCUGUCGCCGAUAACGCGAGCUCCGGUCUUGCCGUAGUAUCUCAACAGAGCGAAGGCAAAGCUUGGCUAUACUACUGGUCCAACGAGACAAUCGUACAGGCAUUCAAGGACUACGACGGUGACUGGAUUGAUGCACAGGCACUGCCAGAAAAGCUCCCUACAAAUGGAACCGAUGACAAGAAGCCCAAAGGCAGACCAGCACAAGAGGAUGAGCCUGAGCCAGAGGGUUCCAAGGGCCUGAGCUCGGGAGCCAAAGCUGGAAUUGGUGUUGGAGUCGGUGUUGGAGUAGGCGCGCUGAUGAUCGGUGUUCUGGCUUGGCUGUGGAUGAAGCGACGCAGAGAACGCGCUCACCAGGAGAAGGUGUCAGGUAUAGUGGAGGUGGGAGGAAGUCCUCUAGAGCCGCGUUUAUCUGUGUUCAAGGAGGACUUGCCUAGAGAAUCUGAGCAUGUCGAACCGUCAGAGAUGGCUGGCCAGGGACGUCCAGCUGAGCUGAGCCACCAUGAUUCGGCGGUUUACGAGAUGCCAGAGCAUCAUGCAAGGGCAUAA